AUGCAACGAUGCAAAAGACCUCGUGCUCAAUCGAUAAUCACAAAACAGUUGUUCAUUAACAAUGUGAAAUAUAAACAGGUACAAGUUAUAGGAAAUAACAACGAAUAUCUGGUGAAAAUGAAUAAACAAAUUAAACAUUCCAAACAGGAAAAUAUCGAUGAUGAGCAAAUUGAAAAAACUUUGAACUUUUUUGACUCAAUCCUUGAUCCAUAUCUGAAAGAUGAAGAAGCAACUGAGAAAAGACUCGAUCAACAGCUAGUACCUCUGACUAACUCGGCCGCUCAGCAAUCCAAAUUGAAUUCGAAUGGUAAGCCUGCCAACAAAGCACAUCGCAUCUCAGCUCCUUCAUCCUCACCUCAACGACCAACGUACUUUCAUGUUCGAAAUAAUCAUCCUCGUCAGGAACAAUAUCCGUUAGUUAUUCCUGCGCCUCACGUUCGUCGCUAUACAUCGGAAAAUAAUCUCAAUCAAUUAAGUCCGCCCUUAAAACCGAAAAAACUUGCACAAAAAACAUUGCUACCAGAACCUAUUCGCAUAACGGCAGCAUCUACAGAUGACCUAUCGACUAUUCCAAGCUGGAAGAAUUUCUCUCGGCAUACCCGUCUCUCUGCGUUGACUGAUAAAACUAAUGCAACAAGCGCUAGUUUGAUUGAUUUAACAUCAAUCGAUAAAGUUUCAGCGCCAAGACCACGUUAUCGCUUUAUUCCACCAACAGCAACUGAUUUGGUAUUGAGGGAAGAACCUGAAAUCGAAAAACAUCAACCGUCUCGAUCAAAAACAAAACCAGAUCCGUUUUUUCUCAAGCCCACUCCGUCCAAUCCGCCUAAACAUGCACAUAAAAUUAUUAAACCAGCCGUAAUCAUACCUUCAAAGCCAAAAUCGGCACCUGUUACUCGAUUAACAGAAACGAAUAUUCAGCAUCAGACGAAUCAUAGUGCAUUUAAACCGCUUCGAUCCAAUAAAAAUGGAUCGCCGGCUAAAGUUCAUCCAACGUCCGCUAACCAUGCCAAACGGUCUGAAGCAAAUAAAAAAUCGAACGUAAAUGUUGGAAUAACGAACUCCAGUAAUCAUCUAUCAAAUAGCGAACUUCUAUACCAACAUCGACACAAUAUACCACAAUUCCAUCAAUCGAUGCUAAAUCUAUCCUCGACAGGUGUGCCAGACACGAGAAGUUCAAAUCUGUAUGGAUCACGUGUAUUGUAUCAACCACCAUCGGCAAAUUUUUACCGAUCGCCACAACACGUACCAAAAGCAAGUAAAUCAUCCAAUCGACAAUACCAAUAUCCAACAUCCCUUCCUCCUCCUCCUCCUCCUGCAGCUCACUUCAACGAUGCAUCUAAUCGACGGACGCAGCCUACUAAAAACAAUAGUCAUAUCAAUGAAUUCGUCCAUCCAUCUCAUUAUUCGCCCCAUGUGAAUGGAUACGGAGGAGGAGGAGGAGGAAACAGAUCUCAACAGCAGGUUUAUCCAUACAAUCUCUAUCCGACACCAAAUUCCGGUAAGUUUGUCAUGAGCAUCACGUUCAAAUCAGUAGUAUCUGACAUCACCACUAUUUCGCAAUAUUUAACAGGUCUUUCAUCACCAAGAAAUCCUUACGAUUAUCUUCGCCAACGACAACAACAACAACAACAGCAGCAGCAACCGUACUUGAAUCCAGUCAAAGUACAGAAACAUCACACCCCGCGACAUCCAGCCUCUGUGCAAUCAGCUUUCCUAGCUUCGUUUUCAUCAUCAGAAAAUGGAUUCUAUCCAGUUUCAUCCUCAAAUAUCUACCAUUUCAAUCAAACAACUUCUUCCGAAGAUGAACAAUCAACGUAUGAUCCUCGCCGUCGAAAUUUUCAUUAUACAACAUAUCUUUGA